GUUUUUGUUAAACCCUCUCAGAUUUCAUAAGGUACGCUCGAGCACCCCACCGGAAACGUUGAAUCCUCUGCCUUGUGACCGCCGUUCACACCGCCGUCCGCCGAUCUGGUCAGCCGUCUUUGACUUGCUCUUGUUCACGACGCACGGGCACGGCUUCACCUCUUCCUUCACCGCUUCACGCACGACUUCACCAGUUCACCUCUGUAACGUCUCUGUUCUCAAUUGCUCCCUCCACCAAGCAGAAGCAGUCCAUUUUUUAAAAAGCAAUUUCAAAGGGGUGCGAUGGGAAGUGAAGAGGCAAGAGAUCCAUUCAAAGGGGUGGAUUGGAAAGCUGUCGGUGGUGAGAUGCAGGAAAACCCUAGCGUUCAACCACCUAUCAAGAAACGACUCCCAAAGAAAGUGAGGCAAAUACCGGACUACUAUUUCCUUCCUCGAUGGCCACUAUCCUCUGCCAUGUUGUUCUGUGGUGCUUGUAUUGCCGGUGGAAUCGGUGCUGGAAUGCUUCUGGAAGCCUGGAUUGAUAAGAAAGUGAAAGAGGAUGGAGGGAUUAUAUGGGAAUUUGACAAAUAAAAUCUUGAUCUCGGUACAACCAAUGUCACAUAAAUUGAUCUCUUGAGCAACCCUCAAAUUUCUCCUCAAUUGUAAGUUUAGGGGAUUAGUGUAACUCAGAAGUUUUUUUGUUGGUGCUGAGGACUCAAUUGAUUGGAUAGUUGAUAGAAUUAGGAAAGAAGAUUACUUGUUUAUAAAGGUUCAAAUGUGUUAAAUUUUUUCUUCUUCUUCUUCAUUGCUUUAUUAGUGAUAUUCCUUGCAACUUAAUUGCUUUUAAGAACUCAGACUGCUUUUACGUUGUGUUUGAAAUUGAUGGAAAGGAUGGAAUCUAGUGGAAUGUAAUGAUAUCAGGUUCUGUUUUGAUUAUUCAAAAUAUGAUGGUAUGGAUGAGAACAUGGAGAAAUA